CCAACAAAUCGUUACACCGCGCCCACCUGUCAAUCAGGCACCAUGAGGCUGCAGCUCUCCUGUAGUGACAGAUGUGUUUCAUUCAGCUGCUUCACCUUCACCGUCCUCCUGCUGCUGCUGAUCUGCCACAUAGGUCAGAUUUUGGGUCAAAAGUCUGACUCGGCCGUAGCUGUGGUGGAAAAUACAGAUGGAGGUGGUGAUGAAGAGGAGGAGGUGACAGUUGAUGAAGAGGAGGGAGAAGGAGAUUUAGAAGUGGUCCAACCCACUGACGAGUGGCAAACACUCAAACAAGGUGCGGCAGUGCCAGCAGGUUCACAUGUGCGGCUGAACCUGCAGACGGGUCAGAGGGAGGUUAGACUGGGAGAGGAGCAACUGAAAUACUGGACAGAGGAGCACAGGGAGCAGGAGGAGCCCCGGUCCUCUCUCGGUCCUGACGAGCUCAAACAGGCCAUGAAGAAGAUAAAGGACGAGAUGAAGGCUUCGAGCAGAGACACAGAGCAGGAGGACUCUGUGGCAUCGAAGUAUCGUACCCUGGAGGAGUUAAAGAAAGACAUGGCUCAGCUGGAGCUGCUUGUGGAGACCGAUGGUCAGAUAAUGAAGCGCCUGCUGGAGCAGUUUAACAGCAGCAACUCGACCACAGAGCAGCGGCUGACCAUCCUGCAGGAGCUGGAGUAUCUGGUGCAUCAGGUGGAUAACGCUCAGGUUCUGUGCUCCAUGGGGGGUCUCCAGUUGAUGCUGCAGGGUCUAAACAGCUCUGACUUCAGAUUACAGGAGAGCUCUGCCUUCGUCCUGGGAUCUGCUCUGUCCAGUAACCCAACGGUUCAGGUGAAGGCCGUGGAGAACGGUGCCCUUCAGACGCUGUUGACCACACUGGCCACAGCACAACCAAUUCAUGUAAAAAAAAAGGUUCUGUUUGCAGUGGCCUCCCUCUUACGCCACUUCCCGUAUGCGCAGCGUCACUUCCUCUCACAUGGAGGGCUGCAGGUCCUAUCAGAGCUCUUCAGGGCAGACAGAGGUGGAGUUCUGCGCACACGAAUUGUCACCAUGUUGUACGACAUGAUCAGCGAGAAGGAGAUGAUCUCGCAGGCAGGUUUGGACUUGGCGCUGGACACCGCUCACAGCGAGCGGGUGCGUCAGUACUCUCAGGUGUCCCUGCAGGGAGAGCUGCUAGAGGAGGGCUGGUGCGGUCUGGUCCCACAGCUGCUGGAGUCUACUGAGCACGACUACAGAGAGAAGGCUCUGCGGGCUUUGUUGGCGAUGUCUCCGGUGUGUUUGGAUCAGUACCGCUCAGACAGCUCCUUGCUGGGCUUGCUGCUUUCUCUCAGAGACCAGUACCAGGAGAUGGUCCAGUCUGAAAUGAUUCUUGGAGAGGAGAAUGGCUACUUUUCAGAGAUCAUAGAUCUGAUAGAUACUCUUCAAGUCAAAAUGAAAUGAUUAAAGGAGUUCACAGUGACAUUUCACAUGCAGACAGGAGCACACAGGGCUUCUUUCAUGUCUCUGUUUUGUACUUUCUUGUCUCCUCCAUCCUCCUGCCUGUGACCCAGAAGUAUAUCUCAGGGACGUCUUAAAGGAAAACUUCACUUCCUAAAAGGCAUCAUGAAGGCAGACAUGGCUUGUAGAACGAGCUAUGACUGUUGAUGCACAGGUGUUUCUUUUUGACAUCUCUGACAUAAAUAUAAAAAACCUCAAAGUAUGAAAAUAUAAGUUGUCAUGAACACUGAAAUGCUCAAGAGAGACAUACAGCGAUAGACAUGAAGAGGACGAUGGACACAAAGCAGCAUGUGCCUGUAUUCUUCUUAUUUUUUUGUAGGUUUUAAGUGAUGGCUUGAACAAAACAAGGAUGUAGUCUUCUUGACGUCAACCCGUGGUUUCUGAAGAGGUGUCUUGAAGCUGACUGAUGGCGGUCGCCAUGUUGGAAAGGCUGUUAAUCAAUCUAGAUACAAAGGUAGAGCCGAUGCAGGCCUCAAGCCUCCUGGAAAACAGCUACAAGGCACCGACAUGUCAGUCACCUCAACAAUGCUCCCAAUUAUUCAAAGUUAUGAAAAACUCUUAGGCAUAAUAUCAGAACAGAUGAGAAAUAAUAAAAGUACCCCCUGUACAGUUGGUACCAGUAAGAAAUGAGCUAUUCAGACCAUAACAACUUUUGAACCAGUCGGUAAACUUUUAUUUCUGCCACAAAAAUGAAAAUUUGAAUGAGGGGACCUUGCAGGAAUUCCUUGGCUUUGCAGCAGGAAAUGCUUCUUUUUGCACUUCACAUUGCCUUUUUUUACCACUGGAGGCUGCCGCUUGGCUCGAGCACAGCACCGUGUUGCACCAGCUCUGUCACCUAGUUUGAAGGAAAGUUCUACCUUCCCGGAGUUAAUGCUCUACUUACAUUUAAGGUGUUGAAGCAGCUUAGAUCGUUCCAACAUAGGCAGAAGUUGUUCUUUAAGUCUAUAGGUGUAAAGUCCCCUUUAAAAUGUUGCCAUGGUGAUGGCUAUGAAUGGUUUUUCCCCGAUUCCGCAGAGACUUGGGAAAGACUGGUGCGGAAAGUCUGAGUGUCUUUGUCCAUAAUGCUUUCCCAAAAUUUAAUUUUUAUUGUAAAUUGUUCAUUUACUGCUACAUGUGAACCACAGAACCGGGGAGCUUACUGUUUCUGAAUCAAGCAAAAAGAAAAAACAAGAUGUAGAGGGUAGGUUUUCACAAUUCACAAAUAAAAUCAGUUAAAGUCCGAUCUUACAGGUUUUACAUACUCAGUCCAUUUAGACCAUAUUAUAUGAAACUUUUCUUGUUGUACUCUGAGGGAGAAUGUUAUCUUUUCCAUGACGUAGAUCCCAUGUAUAAUUUCCAUCCAUUCCUUGAUGGUGGGUGGGUCUACUUUUAACCAUUUUCUCGUUAUGGCUUUUUUACUUGCUGCCAAUAGUAUGCUGAGCAAUUUUAUGUCAUUCAUGCUACAAUUUUCAGACAAUAUAUCACCCAGAUACACAGUUUCACACUUCAAAGGAAUGUUUAAGCUAAACACAUUACUAAUAUGUUGAUGAAUUUGUUUCCAAUAACUUUCAAUAACCUGACAGUUCCAGAAUAUGUGGAAGUGGUCGGCUCCGUUAAACCCACAAAGUCUCCAACAAGCAUCACCACCCCCUUGAUGUCUUUUCUGAACGGGUGUAACAAAAAAAUCUCACAACAUUUUUCCAGCAGAACUCACGCCACGUGUUCGACCCUGUUGAGAUCCACUGCAACCGGCAUAUCUUUUCCCAGCUCUCCACAGAAAUCAGCACAUUGCCUUCUUUUUCCCACUUCUUCUUUAUGUAUUCUGUGCUCUCUUGUUUAGAUUGUAGGAUGCCAUUAUAUAAUCUGGAGAUGAUUUUAUUACAAGAUUUGGACUUGAGAAGAUAUAGAAAUAUCUGCAGGGACCCUGAUUCCCCCUUUUCAAAAGCCUUCUUCAGGUUUUGGUUAAAGUAAUGCCUUACCUGCAAGUAUCUAAAAAUUGUCCCUUCCUAAACCAUGUUUAUUUAGAUAAAGACAAGAUUAGAUUUAGACAAACCUUCUGAUGUCCACUGAUUAAAUCUGCCAUUACUUUUAUUUGGAGCAAAAUCUGAAUCGUGAGCGCACCACCUAAGAAGUUUAGAUGACUCUCCUACUCCGCAAAUUUUUACUAUUUCCUGCCAGGAUUUCAGAAGAAUGUCCUGCAUGGGAUCAUCUGAAACCAACAGUUCGCCAUGUAAUUUGUUAUCUGCUAAUAGAGCUGUUAUUGGUAUGUUUUUUACCGUUGUGCCUUCUACAUCCUUCCAACCUGCCGUAUAGGUUGAUGAACAUAAGCAAACUAGCGGUCUCAGCUGGGCUGAGUAGUAAUAUUAUUGUAGGCAGGGGAGACCCAUUCCACCUUUUUCUUUUCUUAAUUGAAGGGUCUUAUAUUUAAUCCUGGCCUUUUCCCCCUGCCAUAUAUUGAUAUUAACCUGUCCCAUUCUGAAAACUGUUUAGGAGGUAUUUUGACUGGUAGGCACUGAAAAAGGUAAAGCAUUCGUGGAAGAACAUUGAUACUGACCAAAUCAAUCCUAGAACUUAAGCUCUAAAAAGGAAUAACAUUCCAUCUUUGUAUGUCUGACUUUAGCCUAGAGUUUAAAGGACCUAAUUAAAAUCAAAUAUUUUGGAAAAGUCCCUCUGCAAUGCAACUUCCAAAUAUUUGAUGUAAUCUGCUUCCCAUUUCCAUUUAUAUAAAUUCCUAAUCCCAAUUGGAGGGUCAUAAUUUAGUGUUAAUACCUGGGUUUUAUUAAUGUUCAUUUUGUACCCAGAAAGUAAACCAUAUUCCUUCAGCAUUUCCAUUAAUAGUGGAAGUGUCUGUGUGGGUUGAGUUAAAGUUAUCAAUAAAUCAUCAGUAAAAAGAGCUAAUUUCUGCUCCCCAGAUAACAUUGGUACCCCUAUGAUGUCAGACCUCUGCCUAAUCCACUGGCUCAGGGGUUCUAUGAACAGGACGAAGAGGAGUGGCGAUGCGCAGCAACCUUGUCUUGUUCCCCUUUCCAGAACGAAUGAGUUGGUUAAAUCGCCAUUAAUCUUGAUUCUAGCGGUUGGUUUAACAUAUGGUGCUGCAAAUGUGUCAAUUAUGGUUGUAUGUAAGCCAAAUUUUGCUAGUACUUUAUACAGAAAAGACCAUCUCACUGAAUCAAACGCUUUCUCUGCAUCUAAGCUUAUUAUGAGCGUCUUUAAUCUUCCUUGUGUGACUUGUCUCAUAAAGUGCAGUGUUUUCCUGA